AUGCUGUGCCUCUCCUCUCGCUACCUGACUGCCGACGAAACAAAUGAUUACUUCGGCUUGGCUUCGGGCCUGGACGUGUGCAAGACUUACACGCCGCUUGCACGCGCUCUGGCGAGAGCGUCGUCGGAUGACCCGUCCGUCGCCAACAUCCAGGGCAAUCUCGUAUUGGCCUUUUCGGAGUUUAUCAACAAUGAGGGCUCAAGCCAUUGGAUGUACGCUGGCACGGCCAUCCGCAUGGCGCAGAUCAUGCGACUCAACAAGGAAUACCACCAAAGUCACACUCUCAAGGAACAGGAGAUCCGCCGCCGGACCUUUUGGGCUUGCUUGUUCAUGGACAAGCUACUGGCCUUCUUCCUGACUAAACCGCCUACCCUGGCAGCCAUCAACAUUGCCUGCGCCCUCCCCGGGACCGAUGCCUCACUGGCAUAUCAAGAGCCAACAAGAGGCAUCACCGUCGCGACCCUCGGCUCCUUCGCCGGCUUUCCUUCCGAGAUUGGCAUCCUGCCAUACCUAAUCAAGACGGUGUGCCUGUACGGCGACAUCGUCGACAUGAACGUGUGCAACCACCGUUUUGUAGACAAGGCGCAGCCGACGGAUCCUCUGAGCACCUUUCAUCGAAGCCACGCCGCUAUGAAGGUCUGGGUGGACGCCUUGCCUCCUAGCUUGACCUGGUCGGAGCAAAAUUAUGCCAACCACGCUGCCCUUGGCCAGGGCAAGGCCUUUGUCGCCAUCCAUUUCCUCACUCGCAGCGCCUUUUGCGUGGCACAUCAGGCUUAUCUCCCACAACUAGAUGGAUCGUCCAUCCUCAUGGAUGCGGUCGACGCGGCAGGUUGGUCGCUACUGCAUCGCGAACCGGAGCUGAUAUCAACGUGUGUCAGCAAUGCCCUGGCCACGGCGACCAUGGCGUCGUACCUCUAUGGCAGCAGCGCCCGGGCAAGAUCCGAUCUUCAGUCCGUCUGGGUCGCCGCAUCACUCUUUUCCGUAGCCAACACGCUGCUUUGGCUGCAGUACUCCAACGACCCGCUGUACGCGGAUGCAGCCACCAUUGAGAAGGCGGAAGCCUUCUUCAACCUCGUCCUAGAUAUCAUGAACCUCUGGGGUGUGCAUUGGCGCGCCGCGCGACAGUGGAUGCACACGUUCAGAGCCAUGCGUGCCAUGUACCGCGCGGCAUACCUGGGCGAGGUGGACGACACGAUACUGCUGGGCGACGGAUUGACGGGCUCGUCGGGAGCAGGGGCGGUGGACGAGGACAGCCCAUCGUCGGGUUACCGCCCACGGCCCGGAGACGGCUACAUCUCGUUGAAUGUCGUGCCGAGCUUGUAUGAUUCGCUGCGGUUUCUGGCGAGCGACACGUCGGCAGAGCCCAAGAGGCUGCAGUCGGUGUGGAUGCAGUUUGCGAGCGGGUGGCCGAUCGACUUUCUCAACGGCAUGGCCCCGGCGGACGCGACGGUUGAUCAAGAGUGUCCAUAG